CACUUGUCUCUGUAUUAAAAUCAUGUAGGCAACAUGGCUGGGACUGAUCCCGGGUGGGCGGGGCAAGCCACCAGCAGCACCAAGUCGAGGCAGAGGGAGGGGCCGAGGGCGGAGCCUGAGGGGGCGUGGAGGAGGCAAUCACAUGGUAGUAGACCACCGGCCUCGAGCCCUCAAUAUUAUUGGCUUCACACAGGAAGAGAAGGAGGAGCUCAUGCCUCAUUUUGUGAAAUUUGGCGAGAUCGAGGAGCUUCGUGACCAUGAUGCUACCAGUGUUGUGAUGACCUUCAAAACCCGUAGUGAAGCGGAAAACGCUGCAAACCAAGGGGCGAAGUUCAAAGGUCGAAUUCUACAGAUCUCAUGGUACAAACCUAAAACUCCAUCCGUGUCCACUGAACCAGAAGAGGAGGAGUCAAAGGAAGAGGUCAACGCCGCAGGAAUUCGUGUAAUGACG